AUAUUCAGCUUCGUGGCUGCAAUAUUGUCACUUCGGUUUGUGCUAGCGUUCCAUAAAGUCUAAUAAAAAUGAAUUUUCCAAUUUACACGGUGUGCCUUGCACUGCUAUUAUUGGGUCCAAUGUGCUCGGCGUAUAGUGACCAAGAACGUCAGGCUGAUAGACUUAGAGUUGCUCAAAUUAUGCAAUCCUCUUACGACGACAAUACCAAAAUCAACAGGAUUCAGGAGUUACUUAACAUAUAUAGACGCAUGUCUCCCAGUUUAAGUCCUGAAGAUAGGGAUCGACUCGAUAAUUUGAUUAAACCCCACACGGAGGAACUUUUAAUCGAUGGAGUGCCAAGUCAAGGUGGACGAAAAAGCAAGUAUGCUAUGAAGAUCCUAGGUCCAGCUGUGAAAAGUGUGGCCACAGGGUUCUUUGAACAGCUCGGUGCCAGUAUUGCAAGCCUAUUCGAGAGGUGGUUUUCAUAUGACAAAAACUGAUGUGGUGACUUUUUAUAAAAGUGUAUUUAAAAAAGAAAUUGAAGUGCCAAAUUUAAGGAAUUUAAAAGUCUAUAUUUUAAUUGUGUUCUUAAAUAAAAAUGUAAUAAAUUAAAAGAAUA